AGCCAGUAUUUCAGGAUUUUACAUGUAUAGCAUCUUGACGAAAUCCACUCAUAUUUGACUUUAAGGACAGCGAUUAACUAUAACAUGAACAUUUCAGGAGGACCGUGUGUCGGGUCGACAUGCUUUGGUCGUGAAUAAAUGGUUAAUGAAAGUGUCCGCUUGCUGGAACAGACAUCCGAAGGGCAGCCUCUUGUUCACGGAAGUAAAAUCUGCACGCAAGAGUUCAGAGCCCUCAGAUGUUCCUGCUAACUCGCUAAUAAAGAAGACCUUCAUUGUUGCUUAUUUUAGCCAUGGCAAAGACUGGAUAUGGCUACUACCGAGCGACUAUAUUUCUGGCCAUGUUUGUGGGCUACACGCUGUAUUACUUUAACAGGAAGACGUUCUCCUUCGUGAUGCCGUCGGUAAUGCAGGAGAUCACGCUGGAUAAGGAUGAUCUGGGUCUCAUCACCAGCAGUCAAUCUCUGGCCUACGCCAUCAGCAAGUUUAUAAGCGGUGUGCUGUCCGAUCAGAUGAGCGCACGAUGGCUUUUCUCCAUUGGGCUGUUUACAGUUGGCGGCAUUAAUGUCAUUUUCUCUCAGUCGUCUUCAGUGGUUGUAUUCUCAGGACUGUGGUUUCUCAAUGGACUGGGUCAAGGUCUAGGAUGGCCACCUUGUGCAAAAGUGCUACGUAAGUGGUUCGAGCCAUCUCAGUUUGGCACCUGGUGGGCAGUGCUGUCCUGCAGUAUGAACCUGGCUGGAGGUCUUGGACCCAUAAUUGCAACACUGGUGGCGCAAAGCUACAGCUGGAGGUCCACGCUGUCCAUCUCCGGCCUGACUUGUGUGGUCACGUCUAUCUUCUGUCUGAUCAUUAUCCGAAAUGAGCCCAGUGAAGUUGGCCUGCCAAAUAUUGAAGCUGGAGCCAAGAAAGGCAAAGGAGGCUCCAGCAAAAAUGAAAGCACCUUUAAAGAGUUCAUCUUUUCUCCAUAUCUGUGGUUGAUGUCGCUGGGCUACCUGGUGGUCUUUGGGGUGAAGACUGCCUACACAGACUGGGGGCAACUUUUUCUCAUCCAGGAUAAGGAGCAGUCAGCUCUAAUGGGCAGUUCCUUUAUGAGUGCCCUUGAAAUCGGAGGACUGCUGGGUAGUUUGGCUGCAGGAUUCCUGUCAGACAGAGCCGUGGCAAAGCAUGGAUUGCGACUGUAUGGUAACCCUCGCCAUGGGCUCUUGCUCUCCAUGAUGGCUGGGAUGUGUGUGUCCAUGUACCUCUUCCGCACAACUGUCACAGCACACAGCUCAAAUGUCUGGAUUCUUUUGUUGGGUGCUGCUUUUGGCUUUUCCUCCUAUGGACCGAUUGCCUUGUUUGGAGUUCUUGCGAAUGAAAGUGCUCCAUCAAACUACUGCGGGACUUCUCACGCCAUUGUCGCACUGAUGGCAAACGUUGGUGGUUUUCUGUCAGGCUUGCCAUUCGGAAGCAUUGCUAAACACCAUGGCUGGAACACAGCAUUCUGGGUAGCAGAGAUAGCCUGCAUGGUCACUACAGUUGGAUACUUCCUGCUCCGAAAUAUACGCACCAAGAUGGGAAGCAUUCCCAAGAAGGCAGACUAAACGUUAGAGUGUUAUUUAAAUAUAUUUGAACUAGUUUUUAAGAAUAAAGGACACGUUUUGAAAGUGUGGAAAA